AUGCCGACGAUUAUCCACGAGACGGACCGCAGCCCGCACCCUGGUCACCAACCCGCUGGAUGCGCUCGCCGCUGCCUAAAUACCUGCUGCACCAUCGGUGCUCGCAUGCCGCUGUACGCGUACGCAAAGCGUCCUUGCCACGCGUCGCAGUGCACCAAUCUGAAGCCGGAGCGUAUUCAAUCGUUCACGGAGCUGGACGGAGUUCCUGGCUUCCAUCCCGGUCCGGGAAUUUUCGAAAGCGCCUCGAGUUUCGCGUCGUACGACGACCUGCUGUCCAUUCGCGAGUCGCUGUCGUCGUCAGACGACGACUCGCUCUCGUCUAGCGGCGCGAGCGACAUUUAUGACGACGACGACGCGGCGGCCUUCUCGCUUUGCAAGCAUAUCACCUCCGAGUGGGAGAAGAAAUUUCACGAGGGGUUGUUCCGUUAUGACGUGACUGCGUGCGAAUCGAAGAUUAUCGAAGGUCGCCUUGGAUUCAUCGCGCAGCUAAACGAGGGGAGGCAUUCCAAGAAGCGGCCCUCGGAGUUCCCAAUGGACAAGGUGCUGCAGGCGUUUGACGACUCGAAGUUCAAUUUCACCAAGGUCGGGCAGAACGAGAUGCUCUUCCGCUUCGAGGAAGGCAAGGACGAGGAGAGCCGCUUCUAUGAAGAGGCGGUCGUGGAGGAGAGCCCUAGCAUCAUAGCCAUCAAUGUGUCUCCCAUUGAUUAUGGCCACGUGCUGCUGGUUCCUCGGGUUCUAGACAGAAUACCACAGCGCAUCGACGAGCCGGGCCUCCUCAUGGCUCUCCGCCUAGCCUCAGAAGUCAACGACCCUGCGUUCAGGAUCGGUUACAACAGCCUCGGCGCCUUUGCAACAAUCAACCACCUGCACUUCCAAGCCUACUUCCUCGACCUUCCUUUUGCCAUCGAGCGUGCGUCUACGAGGGAAAUUGCUGUUUCGUCGAAUGGGUGCAAGGUUGAAGAGCUGAUUGAUUAUCCGGUAAAGACGGUGGUGUAUCAGGCGGGUGCGAGUCUCGAGGAAAUGGCGUCGGCUGCGGCAGCGGCAUGCUGCGAGCUCCAGGAGAGAAAUAUACCUUUCAACUUGUUCGUUGUGGACAGGGGCACCCGACUUUUCCUCAUUCCACAGAGGUAUGCAGAGAGGCAGGCACGAGGUGAGAUCAGCCAAGAGCUCCUGGACACUCUGGUGAACCCUGCGUCGUUUGAAAUUGCUGGUCAUAUCGUGUGCAAGCGUCGGGAGGAUUAUGAGUAUGCUUCUGAGGCGUGGGCAUGGAAGCUUUUGGAAGCAGUGUCCCUUACCGAAGAGGGAUUCGAUGUCGUCAGGAAGAUUUGUGUGGAAACGUUGACGUCAUCCGCCCUUAAGUUGGGGAGAAGUGAUGCUGUUGAGAAGGGAAAGGUGGAGCUCAUGAGUGAUUUUAUGACAAACGAAGGGGAACUUCCGCCAGGAGGAAAAUUGCUGCUGUUCAUGGCCACCUUGGGAACUUCAGCGAAGAGAAAUGAAGCGGCGGGACGCGCUAUUCUGGAAGUUUACAACAGCCACCAAGACGACUGGGGUGUCAGCGUAAAGUCGGACCACUCUCCGCUGACUGACGCUGACUCGAAGGCCAACGCGUUGAUCUGCAGCGAGCUUGCGCGGAUCACGCCGCACGUGCCGAUUGUCAGCGAAGAGACCAAGUUGGUGCCGUAUACUGUGAGGAAGGAGUACCAGCUGUGGUGGUGCGUGGAUCCGUUAGACGGCACGAAGGAAUUCAUCAAGCGAAACGGACAGUUCACAGUAAACAUCGCUCUGGUGAAAGGAGAUCGACCCAUUCUAGGGGUGGUCCACACGCCCUGCCUCAAGAAGACGCACUGGGCUGUUGCUGGUAAAGGAGCAUUCCUGCGGGACCAUUCCAUCCAAUCAGAUUCAUCGUCUCUGCCCGAGGAUAAGCCGAUCCGGGCAGCUGAAUAUACGGACGCCGACCCAGGCCUGGUGAUCAUGGGGUCACUGUCUCACAGCACGCCUGAGACAGAGAAAAUUAUUGGGCAGUUUAAGGACCCUAAAGUGGAGGCGAUGGGCAGCUCACUGAAAUUUAUGCGGGUUGCAGAAGGUUCUGCACAUUUGUACCCAAGGCUGGCUCCGACAUCAGAAUGGGACACCUGUGCUUCUCAGAUUAUAGUGGAAGAGGCCGGAGGGAAGGUGCUGCAGUGGCCUUCAAAAGAGCCUGUAGUGUACCGAAAGGAAAACAUUCUGAACCCUCACUUUGUUGUUUUUGGUGCUCGAAAAGAGGUCCAGUGA